AUGUCCACUCGAAAGUAUCGUUUGGCUGCACCGACGAUCAGUGGUAAGACGAAUGUAUUAUAUAAACCAACGUCGUUUAAAGUAGUUUAUGAUCCUCUAAAGUUGAGGACAUUAGAUAACGUCGAAGCAAAUACGAACAAAGCGCUUCUGAACGGUAAACAAAAACUCGAAGAAACAGAAUCAUUCGUUCCACCUGCUCGCUGGUGGCUUGUACUACCACCUUUACUACUCAUAAUAAUCGUUAGUGCCGUAGAUCCAUUACUGAUGAAUGAUCUCGUUGUACGUCGCUACGAAAGUCGAUAUGGACUUGAUGCAUCUCCCAGUGCACAACACAAAGCCUGUAGUCAAUCUACAACGACUGCUAUACCAAAUUACUAUUUGGGAUAUCCAUCGUCUGCUGAUCAACAUUCACAAAAUCAACCUAAUUACAACUUAGUACAACGUGAUGCCGCCAAUUUUAAUACGAAGAAUUCAUUGGUUGCGCUCAUUCCCGCACUUGUUACAUCUGUUUUACUCGGAUCGAAUUGUGAUAUCAUUGGACGUCGUCCAUUGCUGAUAUUACCAUUCGUCGGUAAAAUAGUCUGGUAUUCACUGAUGCUGAUCAUUGUCGCUCAUAAUUUGUCAGAUACUUGGUUGUUGGUUGCUCACGCAAUCGAAUCAGUAUUCGGCUCCAGUGGUUUAGUGUUGUUAAGCGCAUUUUCUUACAUUACUGAUUGUACAUCAGGAUCAAUGAGAACACAUGCCUUCUUAUUAACUGAAGGAAUAACUUUUUUUAUUCGUAUUGCGCCUGCAAUAGCAAUAGGCAUUUGGCUGCGUUACCAUCUAUAUACGACGCCAUUAAGUUUUUGUUUAAGUUUAAGUGUAAUUGGAUUACUUUAUGCACUGUUCAUCCAACCUGAAUCGAUCGAAAAUGUGUAA